GACGGAGGGAGGGAUGGCGGCCUAGCGUGGCCGGGGGCAUGUGGCGGGUGCUGAGGCUGCGGGCGGCGCUGCUGGGCCGGGGCCCGGGCUGGCUGCGGGGCCCAGGAAGAUGGACCAUGAUGAGAAAUUACUCCUCAGCCAGCGCAAAGGAGGAGGCCAGGAGGAGAGGCGCCUGUGGGAGGGCUGAGCUGCUGGAGGUGCUGGAGGCUCGCGUCAAGCAGCUCCAGGCUGAUAACGUCUCGGAGGUGACAGUCGACCGAGUGGACGUUGCCCCGCUGCGGAAGAGCAGCUUCCAGCGUCCUGCACCAAGCCCAGCAGGGAAGGAGCCUGCUCCGAAAGUCAGGGAUGGGGGCGUCUCCUCUUCUGGGGGCACGUCCCAGCCCAGCCGCUGGGUUGAAAAGCUGAAAAAGGAGAAAUGGAUCAAGCAUAAGAGACAGUUGAAGCUGGAGCAGAAAUUCUCCUCGGCUGCCUCACCCCGUGGUACAGAACGAACUAGCACGCCAGUCUUGGAGCCAGGCAAGGAUGCUGGAGCCAAAGAGAGCCAAGGCCGGGCCAAAGCCGUUCCCCCAAAGGGAGGGACAAAUCCAAAGGUGUCCGGCAAAUCCAAGACCUUCCGUGAAAGCCCCAGGGCUGCGGUGGUUCCUGCCCGGGGCCCUCCCAAGCUGGGCUCCCCUGCCAGCCCCUGUGCUGAGCAGGGAUAUGAAUGCAGCAGGCUGGAGGAAUUGCCCGAGAUGGGGGAGCUAGAAGGGCCGAUGGUGCAGUGGGAACCCAGGCCGCGUCUGGAAGACAAGGAGGGCAACAAGUAUGGGAGCAUUCAGCUCCUCAUCAUGUCCUUCCUGGAGAGCUGCCUCUUCCUCCGCCAGCCCGAGAGGGCCCAGCAGUGCCUGAUGUUCUACCACCGCUCCCAUGCCAGGAGGAAGCUGCUGGGCAUCAAGAUGUAUGACAUCCUCAUGCACGGCUGGGCUAAAAAGGGCUCCUUGAACCAGAUUGGCCGGCUCUUCUUCAUGCUGGAGGAAGCUGGCCUGAAGCCCAAUCUCAGCUGCUACGCAGCCGCUCUGGAGUGCCUGGGUCGCGCUCGAACCCCCGCCACGGUCAUCAAAAGAUGUGUGCAGCAGCUGGAAGAGGAUGGUUUCCACCUGGACGAGCUCUUCAAAGACACAGUCUACGAGGAGGAUGAGCGGCAGAUGGUGCUGAAGGCUGUCAGGAUAAUCAAGCCCAACUUUCAGCCACUGUCGCUGCCCCACUCAGAAAUCUGCUCUUCUCCUUUGCUCCGGGAUUUCUACUCCAAGGAAAAGCCGGUCUCCUACCCCAAGCUGGACUUCUCGGUGCGCGAGCUGCGGGAACGCUUCCAGCAGCAGCUGGAGAUGGAGGCUUCCAACACCAUAACCAUCAGCUCUGUGGAGUCGGCCAAGCCCCUGACGGAGCAAGCCAUCAAAGCGCGGGAGCUGUUGACCACGCUGCGCUCUGAGUGGCGGAAGUCCCUCCUCCAGACCCUGCGGGAGUCUAAGAUCCACAUGGCGAACAGGAGGUCCUGGCAGAUGAGCCUCUAUCCCUACCUGUGCUUGCUGGAUGACGAGGAGUACGUGGACAUCAUGCUGCAGAGCCUCUCCAGCCUCCCUCCCCAAGGAGAGUCCCUGCUGGUUUUAGCUAAAGAGCUGGGCACCAAGAUCUACAACAAGUAUGCCGUCCGGAAGAAAUCGCGCAGCCGCCUGGUGGAGAAGAUCCGGAAGAUCUAUGACGAGUACGUCCAGCUGCUGGCGAAGGAUGCCCAGCUGGAUAGUUACCUGCCACGGGAGUACUGGGAGAAGCUGGAGGCUAGCUCGGGGUCCUCCCUGCUCAGCAAGGACUGCACCUGGCCUCAUAUCCUGAUGGUGCAGCUGGGCACUCACAUGGUGGAGCUCCUCGUGCAAGUGAUCAAGGUGCAGAGCAACAUCCUGAACCCCAGCUUGGAGGUGAAACUCAUCCCCGUCUUGUAUCACGUCUACUCCUUCCGCAGCAGCCGGCAGAUCGGGUUUAUAAAGCCCCAUCCGAUCCUCACCCAGAUCCUGUCAAAUGCUGCCGAGACCACGUUGACUUUCGACUCCUUUGUCAUGCCCAUGCUGUGCCCCCCGGUGCCAUGGACCUCACCACACUUCGGGGCCUACAUCCUCCUCCCCACCAAGCUGAUGCGCUGCGUGGAGGGGGCCAUCCAGCACCAGCUCCUGCUGGAGGAGUGUCCUCGCAGCAACCUGCACUCAGUCCUGGAUGCCUUGAACCAGCUGGGCAACUGCCCUUGGAAGAUCAACCAGCCCGUGCUGGAUAUCAUCAUCUCCAUCUUCAACGCCAAGGGCAGCGAGAAGCUGGACAUCCCGCCGCCCAUGUCGGAGGCCCCCAAGCCAUCCAUGGCCCUCCACAUGGGGCCCGGCACUCCCUGGAGCAAGUCAUCCCUGAAACGUGAGCUGACGCAGUGCAGGAAGAAGACGGCGGAAAUGUACAGCCUGCGGAUGGACGCCCUCUACAAGCUCUCCAUAGCCAACCACAUGAGGGAUAAGGUGUUCUGGUUCCCCCACAACAUGGACUUCCGGGGCAGGACCUACCCCUGCCCGCCCUACUUCAACCACUUGGGCAGCGACAUCACCCGGGCCAUUCUGCUGUUCGCGGAGGGAAAGCCACUGGGGGCGCGUGGCCUCGACUGGAUCAAGAUCCACCUUAUUAACCUGACGGGGCUGAAGAAGAAGAACUCUCUGCGGGAGAGGCUGGCCUAUGCCAACGAGAUAAUGGAGUUGAUCCUGGACUCUGCUGACAACCCCCUGACGGGCAGGAAAUGGUGGAUGGACACCGAUGAACCUUGGCAAGCCUUGGCGUGCUGCAUGGAGAUAGCCAAGGCUUUGAGAUCACCAGACCCCACAGCUUACAUCUCGCACUUCCCCAUUCAUCAGGACGGCUCUUGCAACGGGCUGCAGCACUACGCCGCACUGGGGCGCGACGUCAUCGGCGCCACCUCGGUCAACCUGAUACCAUGUGACAUCCCCCAGGACGUGUACAGCGGAGUUGCCCAGCAGGUAGAAGAUUUCCGGAAGCAGGACGCCCAGGAGGGCAUGAAGAUCGCCCAGGUCCUGGACGGCUACAUCAGCCGCAAGGUGGUGAAGCAGACAGUGAUGACAGUGGUGUACGGUGUCACCAGGUACGGAGGGAGGCUGCAGAUCGAGAAGCGGCUCAAGGAGAUCGACGGCUUCCCACAGGAGUACGUCUGGGAGGCGUCGCAUUACCUCGUCCAGCAGGUGUUCAAUAGCCUCAAGGAGAUGUUCUCAGGGACUCGAGAGAUCCAGAUCUGGCUGACAGAGAGUGCCCGGCUCAUCGCCAAGUCCGGGAACACGGUGGAGUGGGUCACCCCGCUGGGCCUGCCCAUUGUGCAGCCGUACCAUCGGGCCAAGUCUACAGUGGUGAGUGCCUCUCGGUGCGGAGACAAAGGGGAGCAGAAGUACUGGCAGCUUCUGAACAGCACCAUGCAAACCCUGAGUCUGAACGUGCGCUUUGACGCCAACCAGAAACCGGACACGGUGAAGCAGAAAAACGCCUUCCCGCCCAACUUCAUCCACUCGCUGGACUCCACGCACAUGAUGCUGACGGCCCUGCACUGCCACCAACGGGGCCUGACAUUCGUCUCGGUCCACGACUGCUACUGGACCCACGCGCUGACUGUGGAUGUCAUGAACCAGGUGUGUCGAGAGCAGUUUGUGGAGUUGCACAGCCAGCCCAUCCUGCAGGAUCUAUCCAGGUUCAUGCUGCAGAAAUAUUGCACUGACUCCCUGGCUGAGUGGAGGGACAAGAAGUCCCUCGAACACAAGAGGCUGGUGGAGCUGCUGUCCAAGGUCCCCGAGACAGGCAACUUUGACCUGCAGAAGGUGAAGGAAUCUACAUAUUUCUUCAGCUGAAACGGACGUGGGCAAGGCCCCGGACUGUCUAUCGAACGCUGGCUAAUUGGACCAGAGCUGCCAGCCAGCCGAGUCCAGGGUGGGGCCUGGCUCACAGCACCCCAUCAGAGAACAAGGGGAGACCCUGUGUCCAGCACCUCGUCCUAGGGGCACAGCAGACAGCUGGCCCAGCGAGGUAUCCCCCAGGGGAUGGAUCGGUGUCUCCUCUUUGGAAACGGACCCUGCCUGGAGAGCAGGAGCAUGGGGCUGCCACUAGGAGGCAGGAUCUCUGCUUUCCCUUGUGCCAGGAGGGGCAUGGCGCUGCCUUCGUAUGGCUCUUGCCAGCCCAGCUCACCCGCUCCUCCCUCUGUGCCGAGGGACCUGGAUCUGGAGAUCACUGGCUGCUAUUUUCCCUCGUGACUGGGAAUCACUGACCCAAAGACGAGAUUGCUUCGCUUACCGGGAGCUUCUGGCCCCAAACUAAGGUGGAAGGCAAGGGGCUAAUUGGGGACUGGCAUUCCCUGUGACCUCAGCCUCUCACACAGCUGGGCCUCAGCAAGGGGCCCCUGUUUGCUGCUGGUAACUCAGGUGCUCUAGGCCAAUUGACCUGGCCUCUCUUCCCCCUUCCCUCGCCCCCGCUCACUACCCCAUGCGUCUGGGGAGGAGGGCAUCCUGCAGAUGGAUCCCUCCAGGCCUGGCUUUGGACACCGUCUGGGUCACCCAUGCCAGGCCGGAGUGCUGUCGGUCUGUGGAGUGACGGGGGCUGCGGGUCUAGGAUCCCAGUGAGACACCUCUCUUCACGGGACUCGUAGCUAUAAUGGUGCCUUUGUGGGCUAGCCGAGCAUGCCUGGGGGAGCGAGCUAGAGAACUCCUCCAGGAACAGCAGCAGCUUAAACCAAAGGCCCCAGAGUGCUUUAGGGUUCUUGGCCAAUAAGCUGCCUCUGGGGAAUAACCACUUCCCUGGGGAACAAGAACCUGCCAGUCCCUGGUCUCUGCAGCUGCGUAGGACUUUGCUGGGGUUGGCCAGGGUGCAGCACCCAGCCCGUCACUCCGUUUCCGUUCCUUUCCCCCUAGCGGAGUGGGGGGUGGGGGGGGAGACUGCUCCUGGGGGGCUGCGCCUCACCUGGUUCCCCAGGGGAAUGGUUAUUCUGCACUGGGGGCAGCCAGUCACGACUGUUAUCCGGAGGAGCCUCCCGUACUGAUUCACCCUCUCUCCCCGGUACGUGGACUCCUUUCACUCGGCGUGCUUUCCAGCAGUGUCUCAUUUUCAGGGAUGUCGAAGGUUCGGCUGCACAGUCUCUGGUGGGGCCGGUGUGUAACUGGAGCUGCAUGUGAAGCACUGCACAUUAAAGCCCUUUGAAACUUC